AUGGCCCCAAAACAGCGUUCCCAAACUCCUCGACAACCUGGCGUCGCCAAUCCCUCCGAGUCAUUCCUUCACCAACAGCAGGCCACGACUACAUUCUUUUCAGACCAACCAGACCAACCGGCCAAAGAUCGCCGCCGCCGGCAGAGAGACAGCCCGCGGCCCAUAUCUUCCGCUCAGUCGCCUUCUCAGGAAGACACGAUUGCCUUGAGCCGAUCCCCUAUAGUAUCCGACUCGCCUGCCUCACCCGUCGAAGGUGCAGCUCAAGGUUUCUCUUCUCGUCGUGAAAGCUCUUCCACCAUGAGGACAUCAUCCGUUUCUCUCGACAUGGUGCCGACGUGUACACCAACAGGCCGAAUCAGCAAGGCAAAGAAAGGCAAACGUGUUCACGCUUGUGAGUUUCCUGGUUGUGGAAAGGUCUUCACUCGGGCAGAGCACAGAAGGAGGCAUGAAUUGAAUCACAACCCUGAAGCACUCUUCCCCUGCACUCGCCCUGGAUGUCGAAAGGCAUUUCAUCGAAUGGAUCUGCUCCAACGUCAUCAGGAGAGACAUGAUUUGGAGAGCGCAGCUGAUGCUACCGCCUCUGGACACAUGAACCAGAUGGCACAGGUAUCAGUCACGUCUGAACCUUCUUCUGUGAUGCCCGCUCCUGUCAUGACCAGUCCUCAAGCCGAUCGAAGUGCUCCGAGGUCCUCUUCUGGAGGGCUCUCCAUCGGUUCUUUAGUUCAUCCCCAGCAGCAAGACUACCGUUACGGCAUGGGAACACCAGCAUUUAACGGGUUUCCGCAACGACCUAUGCAUUACUUGCCUGGCUAUAACUCUGCGGACGAUUCUAUUUUCUAUACCCCUGAAAGCAGUCAAUCUCCUGUUUCUGAAUACUAUGGCCGGUACCCGCACCGCCAGAGCAUCUCUUCCUCUUCCUCCGUAGCUGCUUUCGAUCCCAGCGCGGCCUCACCCAUGAUCGCCGGAACAAUGCCAGGUCCCUGGGUGCCUUCUUCAGGACCUCCCAGCAUCCUUCCCUCGACAAUGCUUGAUGAUGGAACUUAUCUUCCCGUAUGUGCCCCUUUUCAUUGGAUUGGUGCGUAUACUGAAGCUGAUCAGUCUCCUGCAGACUCUACCAUACCAAUACCCCUCUCCGACCUGGAUGGAAUCGAAUGGUCUGUCAUACGAAGAGAAUUAUCAAAUGCCUCUGGACUUCAGUCAGGAAAUGCCUCAACCAGUAUAUCCGACACUAUAAGGUGGGAUUGCCUGGAUCUCUACUGGCAGUACUUCCACCCUUCCUAUCCCCUUAUCCACAGACCCAGCUUUCUACCCACAAAACCGAGUCCCCUCUUGGCUAGUGCAAUGCUGGCGAUAGGAUCACAAUACGACAGCCGACCAGACGCAAAACUAUACUCCUUGACCUUGUUGGAGAUUGCCACGAAGCUUUUGAGAAGACGAGACAACAUCACCAGUCGGUCCAGGCUGGCGGACUUGCAGACCGUUUUCCUUCUUGAGAUUUUGAGCAAAUUCUGUGCGAGGCGAGUAGAAGUGGAGAUGUCUGCUAGGUUUCGAUCACUGUUUGCAAGCCUCGAUCAGGCCAGACGGACUCUGGCAACCGAUCCCCUGGCAGUCUUGAGGACUCUUCCUAAGGAGCGGACGACAGACGACAUUCAAAGGGCCCAUAAAUUCUGGCUGGAGCACGAAACCCGGCGACGAAUUCUGCAAGCAUGUACCGUGUUGGAUCUCCAGCAAGUGGUCUUGUUCGAACAGCCAGCCACGAUUGUCCAUCACGAGCGCCCUAGAAGAGCAGGUCCCAAUGGACUUCGACUGAACGUCUCUCUGCCCUGUUCAGAGGAGCUUUGGGAGACCAGCCCGAUCGAAGAGUGGAUAGAGAUGGCUUCCGGCUCUGCUACAUCGCCUUCGUCCAGCAAGGCCCGGCCUUCUGGCCCCGAGCCAGCGUUCUCCUCGGGUCUGGACUAUUUCCAGAUCCAAGUCAGCUUGGCUGCCAACCAGGGUCUUCCUCUCGAUCAGCUCCUGCCUCGGAACGACCAGACUGGGGAAUCCACAUCUCGUCUCAUUUUCAACCGCCACGCUCGGGACAUGGCCAAGAACGCACCUAUCCGGCAGCUACUCGUGGUCAGCGGUGAAUCUUGGAUCAUUGGGAAGAAGCUUGAGAACGAGGCCGAGUUCCAAGACGCCAAACGAAACCUGAGAGUCUGGAUCGACUCGAACCGUGAGAGCCGGGUCGCGCUCUGGCACGCAACGCAACUGAUCCGCAGCCGGGCCAAAUUCUCGACUUCAGAUCCUACAAACACCGAACUCUCUGUUUCCUUCCAUGAUACCCACAUGCUGCAUGAGCCGUGGGCGUUCUAUCUGGCCGCCCUCGUUUGUUGGGCGUAUGGAUUUUCUGCAUCGACAAUGGCCGAGAACAGUGGGCAUGCCUCGGGGGCUGCUUCGGCCACCAGCGAGCCCACUUCGAACCCUUCACGCAGUUCCAGCUUGUCUUCGGCGCAUCCGACUCUCCUUGACUCGCAUGAAGCGGCAUAUAGCAUGCGGGAAUAUUUGCAAAACACCAACGUCAAAACUGUCGACGACUUGUUACGCUUGGACCCACAGGUGUUUGGACGGAUGAAUGGUCUUCUCGAAAUCGUUCGACUUCACAAGGUCUCACUUUUCCUCGGUGGCCUCAUGAAUGAAGCCGAACGGGUAUUGUAUCGACUCGUGGAGGGACGCAGUCGACUGUCACACUUCUAG